AUAUUAAUUAACAGUGUUGUGCAUGAUAUUAAUAAAAUACAAACGUUAUUAUCUGUCUUAAAAUCCAUACGAGCAACUUGUGUGACCUGCUUAGAUACAUAUUUUUCGGAAUAAUCGGCGGCUAAUUAGUGAUUCUUGCAAUAUAAUUUAGGUGAAUAAUCGGUCUUUAGAUAAUGGAGCAAUGUUCCGGUCGUAUGGAGGGCCAAGGAAAUAUAAAAAGGAAGCUUUGAAAAGGAUUUAAAUUUCCACAACAUUAUUUAUUUGAUCGAAGUUACAAUGGAUACGAAAAUCUUGAGACAGAACUGAUUGAAAUCGAUGCUAUCUAAUUCUAAUUGCAACGAAAAAUGGAGACCAUCGAAUUCCAAACUACGUCCGAGAUGACGACAGAUCUCCAGACAGACACCGUAAUAAAAGAGGAAGAAGAUUCAGACCAAAUAAUACCAGACGAAUUACCUUUGGACAUCAAAUCCGAAAUGCAUAUUGACGAAGACAUACAAGACCACUUAGACAAUCCGUUUAGCGACGUACAGUUAGAAGUUAAACAAGAAACAAUACCCAUAUGCAUAGACAAAAACAGCAAUGAAAAUGUCGAAGAAAUAAUACCAACGAUGAACGAGUUCGAAGACAAAGAUGAAGAACACUACGUUACCGCACCAAAAACUGAAUUUUAUGAAGAAAAACCUAACUUGUAUGAAGAGAAAACAGAAUUAUACGAUGAAAAACAGGAAAUUAAGAAAGAAAGUGUAUUGGGAGACGAGUCCAUAGUUACGUAUGAUUACCCAAAUUUUGAUGACGUAACGAGUAUGGAUAGCAAUGAUGCGGCCGCUUUGAAUCAGGUGGAGGCCUGUUUGGAGGAUGAUAUGAAUAUCAAGUGUGAAGAUGACGAUGACGAUGACAAUCAAAAAGAAGACUACGAGAAACUAGACAUUAAAGAAGAAUCAGAUGUAACAGUAACGGAAACACAUUUGAUAUCAAACAAAGUUAUAAACACUACAUCAACAAUCACAAAUCCACACGAUGGUCUCAUUGAGUCCAAAACUACAAAGACUUUAGUCAUGGAGAUACUACCCAUGUCACAAACUAGUAUGCGAUUCUCCAAAAUCGGCAAUCCAGAAGAAAUCCUCCCAACGACAUAUGAACAUAGUGAGAGCUAUAUGGACUAUCAAGACUCAUUCCAACUAAAUUCCAUUACUGGUAACGUCCUCUCCUUAGAACAGGAAGCGUAUGGUCUUCUCAAAGCUAAAGGAAAGACGAAAGAAGUCGACGAUCUUGUCUUCGAAUGCCCAAAAUGCACUAAAACUUACCGCCAAAAAACUUGUUUGAAAAGACAUUUAGCAGUACACGAUAGUAUUGAGAAACGUGCCCAAGGUCACAUUAGAGCUCAGGUCACAAGGAAAAACAAGAAGCUUAAAGCAGAAUUGGAUAGUCCAAUUGUGAAAAAAGAGGAAAGAGUUAAAAAGGAGGGGUAUGAGUGUACUUGUGGCCAAGUGUUCCAACGAAGGAGUCGGAUGGAAACGUGUUUGAGGUCACAUAAUCUUUUCGCCGACACUAACACUUACCCUUGCGUGUCUUGCAACAAACAGUUCAAAGAUAAAGAAGAACUGUCCCUCCACCGCAAACGACUGCACAGAAAAAGAUUUCCCUGUAAAUUCUGUCCUACUGACUACAAUACGAGAAAAGAACUCUUCAAACAUCUCCAAGACCACCAAAAAGUCCAAUUAAUGGAAUACAAAGUGAUUUCUGAAGUCGUUAAAGGGAAACAGAAGCUCAAAUGCUUCAUGUGUCCGAAAAGUUACGUGGAACUGUCUGAUUUGAAGUCCCAUGUUAUGGAUGAUCAUAAAGAACCGUACAGUUGUCCAAGAUGCAAGCGAACGUUCUCGAAAAUCAUUGAUUUCGGCAAUCAUACCAAAACUUUCCAUCCAGAAGUAGAAGGCCAGUCAGUCUUAGAUGUUCUAGAAGCCUUCUCGAAGUUAGUGAAGGCCUGGAAAUGCGAGGAAUGUGGCCUGCAGUUCCACGAGGCCGAUAAGUUGGCUGUGCAUCAAAUAGAAAAGCAUAGUCCGGAUACAAAAGUGGAGGCUCAAUUCCAAUGCGCGGAUUGUCGGAGAGUUUUCGUCAGUCAGAAAGGGUUAACAUCACACAGACGGAUACAUCACAGUACGGAGAGCGUUGAGGAGUCAGAGCCUGUAGAAACAGGUGUAAUGUGUUUAGAAUGUCGAAAGAUUUGUAAGGAUAUGAAUGCUUUAGUCUCCCACAUGCGUUUCCACUCCCCAGAAAGGAAGUAUCCUUGCAAAUUCUGCGAUUUUCGUUUCGCUACCCCCGAAAAACGGAAAGCACACGCCGAGAUCCAUACAGGGGAUAUGAAAUACGUCUGUUUCAUUUGCGAAUACCAGUGUAGCUCUGAAAAUCGACUGAAACAUCACAAAUUAUCGUCUAAACAUAUUAAUAUGAAAGAGUUUUUGUUGACUGGGAAGCCGUUACCACAACAACCAGAGUCUUCCAAACAGGAGAAGGUAAAAGAGACUUUGAGAAAGAGAGAGUGGGGGGUUAAGGAGAAGAAGAAAAAAGAGAGAGUGAAAAGUGAGUCACCAGAGAGUAGUGAAGUGGCUUGUGAUAUUUGUGGGGACAUGUACCCGAGUGAAAGUGAAAUGUUAGAACACAAACAGACACACCCUUUUAUCGAGUUCCCUAAUGAAGACAAACCAAGUAGGAUAUUCUUUAAGUAACAUAAUUCUUGCCUAAAUCAGUUAUAGUGAUGUUGCUAUAGUUUUGUAAAUACAGAAAAACAUAUUCUGACGAAUAGAGAACCUCAUUUGAAGUCGGAUGGAAAUCUUACUCUGUCGUACAAAUUAGAAAGGUAUGCUUUUUUCAUCUCUCAAUGUAGGUUUUUUGUUGCUUUGUAGGUGGCGCUAGUGAGUGAUAAAAUCCUAUAGGCCUUAUCAACUUUGCUGGUAAAAGUUGAUGGACCCUUAGCCUCUAUUCUUUUAGUCUAUAGACCUUACGCCAUUUAGCGCCUAUAAUUAAAAAAACCUACAUUAGAGAAACACAAUUUAGUACCGAAAUUAUAAAAAGAACGAUUUGUACAAAAACUAGAUUGAAGGAAAUAAAUAAAUAUUUUAGUAAAGAAAUAGUUAUAGAUAUAUUCGUCUCUUUCUUAAUCAUAUUAUAAGUAAAUGGUGCGAGAGAGACAGCAGCUUAGUGAAGACGAAAGUGCAAUAUAAAUGUAUAGACACACUGGCAGCUUAUCGUAUCCCGGUAUCUCACAUUUCUUUAAUCUAUUUUCGACUUUAAUGUGUUCUAAUAAGGUCGAAAAUCGAAUAAAGGAAUGGAAUAUGUUGAUGUACUGUGUGAUAGUUAGCGAUAUCACUAUAACAAGAAAGAAAUCACUGGUUUUUGAAAGUUUGAUCAAGAAAUAUUCGAUUAAUUUUAGUCAUAAAAAUACCGGACCUGCCUGCCCUAGUUACUUAGUUAUGGCGUGAUGUGCGACAUAUAAGGCUUCUAAAUAUAGCAUGAAAUAAAAAAAAACAAAAAGCUCUUGAGCCUAAUUAUUUUUAUUACAUUUUAAAGUUUGAAAGCUUUACGGUAUAUCACAAUAUUAGUUCGAGCCUUGUAGCUAAAGAUUCGGGUUUAAAUAAAAAAGCUUUAGUCUAUUUUAAAUCACAAUUCAAAUUGGAAAGAAACAAAGAAAUGUUAAAGUCAAACUUUUAAACGCCAAAAAUUAAAUUGUUAAUCUGUCUGUCAAUGUAGCUCUCGUGCUCUCGCUCGUUCCAAAGUGUAGUUUCGAAUGGAGAAGACCGAGAAAGAAACUCCAUCGUUAAUCUUUUAAACAAAUGUUUUUUACAGUCUUAUUGAUAAAUUAUCUGAUCCUUUACCUAAUGUAUAUGUGUGAAAACGAUGUAACGACAAGUUGAAAUACGAAGUAAAACCAACCUUUUUGACAAGGUAACUGACUAGUUACAAGCCACGCCAGGGGUUCAUAUUCUAGGAGCUUGAAACUAGUCAAGUCUCUGGAUCAAAAAGUUACGUGGUUCGAUCGUAAAACAUUUAAUAUAAAAUGAUGAAUCUUUCAAAAACCAGUGAUAUAUAUUUAAUUAAGUGUACAUACAUUAUUAUAUUAUUGGCUUUUAUAGUAAGAUUUUGUUAAGCAUUUACGUUGACGGGGUAUUUAUACGGUGCCCGGGUUGCCCGUGUUAAAAAGCUAGUCUAUUUGUGUAGGUUUUUCUAUAAAUUAAUGUUAAGGACCAUGUUUUGAGUGAGUGAAGAUGAUGAAAUUCAUCUAAAGAGUAGUACUUAGUUCCAUAUUUUGAUGGGAAAUUCUAACUUAACUUAAACUUCUUAACCCUUUAACCGCCGACAACGUAAUAUUACGGUUUUCGAAAGCUGUGUCCG